UGAAUUGAAUUCCCUUUCACCCAACCUUUACGGGGUGUCAUGGACACAUGUCCCGAGAACUCGGUCAAACAAGCUCGCCACCGACAAAUGACCUGCGGCUGGGAUUCUGACGUCGACCCCUCGGUUGAAGAUGUCGAGAGCGUCGCUAGUGGCCCAGAUUUGCACACUGCGAUAGUAGGAUUGCCACCAGGAGCCGAGAUUGUAGAUGAAGAGAGCAAAUUGACUGAGAAGGUUCCGGAACUUCUAGAGACUAUGAAUUCAUCGGCUGAGCGAUUGAAUACUCUAGAGAGGGAGCUCGGCGCCGUAGAGAAGCGGAGACAUCAUCUAGCAACCGAGUGGAGGAAAAGAAAACAACAACUUUUGCCACUUAUCGGCCGGUCGGUACUAGAGAGGACCAAAGCCUAUUAUGAAGCCUGUGCUCUUCUGGGAGACUCUCAGCAGGCGGUCCAUACAGCUACUGGCCAAUUUAAGAAAGCAGUCGAGGAAGUGGAUAGGAUAAAGCUGCUUAUGGCAGGAGCAGAGGAUGAGUUCUCCGCCAUUGAAGAGGAGGAUAAUGCGGACGUUCAUGCUAGUGGCACGGCUCGAGAGUCUGUCUCGACUGGCAGUACUGUGGGAGAUGAUAAGGAUAGUGACCCUGUUGAGGCAGCUCCCAGCAGUAAACCCGGAAGGCAUAGAACUAGCAGCAUUGUUUUGAAGACUGCAGAUGAGCAGAUCCGACUUGCAGAGCUUUCGGCUAAGCUGUUGGCUGCCCAAUCUGCUCGGGAUGCUGCCGAACGUGCUUGCGUGAUGAGAACGUCUGAGUACCGAUCCCUUCAAAUGCUUAUCGCUCGGUUGAAGAAAGACGCCACUGAACGCGCUAUAAAGAAAGCCGAGCCUUGGUAUAACAACUUCGCCACAUUCUCCGAAAUGAGCAACAGAGAGCUUGCCAAAGCUGGGAAGCUGAAGGCAAGCAUUCGAGCGACGAAAAAAGAGUAUCAGGAGGCGAUGCAGUCUCUCGAGCAGAUAUCGAAUAAAGUUCAUGAGUCUCGGCGAGGGAACGACGAAGGAAUCUAAAACGUACUUCUGUCGAUGCCUGUACACUGUUAAAUAUGCUAUCAUAAUGACUGUAUUAUUGCUAACCACGAAUGUCUUAUUUUUGUCACCUUCGGGAUGG